AUGCCAGGGGCGGAGCGCCUGGGGAUGGACCCUGAGGUGCUGCGGCUGAGGGAGGGGCUGCAGAUCAACAGGAGCCUCUCCGCCUUCGCGUCCGUGGUGCGGCGGCUCGCGGAGGAGGGCAGCUCAGAGUUUGCGAACUACGAUGAGUCAGUCCUCACCCGGCUGCUGGCCGAUGCGCUGGGCGGCAACAGCCUGGCGCUGGUCGUGGGCACGCUGCGCCAGGGCGAGUGGGAGGCGUCGUCCACUACGCUGCGCCACCUGGCGGCGGCGCGGGGCGUGAGGAACUUCCCUAUCGUCAACCACGGCCGCGCGCGGGGCCUGCUGCACAAGAUACGCUUCAAGCUGCUGGGCGUCAUAGAGGACCGCGAGACGCUGCGCGACCAGCUGGGCGCCGCCCCCGCCGAGGGGGACCCCGCCGACUUUGCGCUGAGCGCGGCGCGGGUGCGGGACAUGGAGGCGCGCCUGCUGGAGGAGCGCGAAGAGAAGGCAGCGCUCGCGGCGGAGAAGGCGGCCCUACAGGCGCGCCUGGCCAAGCUCAAGGAUGCGGGGACUGACGAGCUGCGGGAAAAGGCUGAGCUGCAGGAGGCCCUCAUCAGGAGGUGCGGGCCCUGGGCAGACCUGCAGUAA